UCAUCCACUCCAGCAGCUUAGCAAAUGGGAUUAACCAAUCUGCCAUCUGCUCAGCUGAGAGGGAGACGCCGCCGCUUCUCCACCCAGCCCGGUUCUGUUAGUUCUGCCAUGAGAGGCGGAGGAAGAACGAGUCGGUGGAGGUGAGGGAACCAAGGGACCUGUUGGGAGAGAAAAUGUUUGGGAGGAGCGUGGGUCUGUGGACACUGUGGGCCGUGCUGCUGUCAGGACUGCUGUGCACGGAGACGGAUCCUGGUCAGGACCUGGCAGCAGGACCUGUGGAUUCAGACCAGCUGUCCUUCAGGAAACACUCGGUUCUGAUCCGCAGGAAGAGGAACGUUCUGUUUCCCAGCGGAGUGAAGCUCUGCUCCGAGGAGACGUUCAACCAGGCCGUCAGCAACCACCUGGACUUCUUCCACCUCAGAGUGUGCCAGGAGACGGUGUGGGAGGCCUUCAAGAUCUUCUGGGACCAGCUCCCUGACCGGGACCAGUACCAGGCCUGGGUGACCCGCUGCAUCGACGGGUCCGUCAGUAUCAGGGAUAUUGGCAGCUUCUUCAGCCAAUCAGAGGAGCAUAAAAGCCUCAUCAGGAGUAGAGUUGCACUGACUGCUGCGAUGAACAGUGAGUCCGCCCCUCCAGGCUCUCCGCCACCGUGCAGAUCUGAACCAUCUAUCCAGACCGAAGAACCUGCAGUGGACUCUCUACCAGGAGACAACAGUGUUAUCAUUGGAUCACAGCCUAUUACAGUCCUUCAAGAGGAGCUUUCUCCUGGCUUUGAAGUCACCUCUUGGACUCCACCACUCUCUGUAAUUGAAGCUUCACAUAAAGACACUGCAGUGAAUUCACUCUCUGGGAAUCCUGUGGAUUUAACCUCUGACCCUGCUGCUGACACUGUGCCAGAAGACUCUGAUAUCCAGGAAACUGUAGGCAGCAUUACUUCACCAAGUCUGGUCAUCAACUACGACAAUGCUUCAAAUGUUGGAGUCACUUCAGAGGAGAUUGUUGAGAUGACCACAGAAGUUUUUCCCUCUUCUACAAACCAACUAUUUGACAUAUUCAAUCAGGAGGUUGCCGCUGGUUCAGGCACCGUAAUAGAAGACGGGAAGCUUGGGGAAUAUCACCAGGUUAUUGGAAGUAUUACUAAAGACCCAAGCAGCAAGCAGGUAAUCAGUCUACAGGAUGAUGAACCACCAACAAAGGGGCCAACAGCAUUGAUUAGUCCAAAGCCCACCAUGCCAUCUGCUGCAGAAACCUUCACUCUGAUGGAAGCAGGGCAUCAUCCAAAUGUGACUGCUGUGGUGGUCGAAGAUGUUGGUACAGAAGGCAUCACUGAAAUGACUGCGAUGCAAGUUCUCAGACCCACAGUGGAGAAAAUUCUUGAUAACUAUUUAGAUACUAUUCCUGGAGGGACUUUGACGCCUGCAGAGAAAGCCACUAAAGUCAUGCAAGAGCCCAGUGUUGACGCUGUAGCUCUUGGACCAGAAACGGAUAUUCUUGUAGAGGAGGACACAGCCCAGGAAGAUCCUUCAAAGGCAGCAGAAGAUGUUAGCUUAGGUGAAACAAAGGUCAUCAUGGAGACAACACCAACUGUGUUUCUGAUGUUGGAACCUGAAGAAGGAACAGAAAUUAACAUCAGUGAACGUUCAGAGCAGGAAUCAAAGACAAAUGUUUCUUCUCAGUCUCCCAUCCUGGUAACUAUCAGCAAGAGGAUCACUGAAAAUCGAGAAAUUAUAGAGAUGACAAGCAAACCUCUCCUUACUUUAAAAGAAGGAAACGUUAAGGGUGCUUUUCAAGAAGUGCCAACAACAUGGACAAUGACAACUGAGGUAACUACAACAGAAAGUGUUGCUCUUGUUCCAGCAGCAAAGCUGGGGGAGAUGAUAGAUGUCGAGGUCAAAAAAGAAGAUACAGCCAUGAUUACAGAAGAUGAGGAAGUUGAAGAGGGAGCUAAGGCUGAAAAUGAGAUUGUUCAGACAGAAGAAGCCACAAUCAAACCAGACAAGGCAGAAGAUACACAGGACUUCACAGAAGAGCUGUUGGAGCCAUUGGAGACAUUCGUUGGAGAGAAAUCAGAGAAAGUUGUUGUAGAAACAGAUGAUGCAAUAAUUAAACCGACAGGAGGUUCUGCUCCAGAUGGCUUUACAACUAAAACAGACAGAGAGCCCAUGGAGCAACAUCAGAUUACAGAAGAACCAGAUCAUACAGACAAAACUGUACAUAAACCAGAACCUGUAGGAGAAGCUGUACUGGCAGGAGAAGGUCUGGAAACUGAUGCAAAUGAUCCAGACAUUGCAGAAAACACUGAACUUAAAAAGGAACCAGAAGGUGAUUCUAAAGUUGAGAAACCGGCACACAAAACUGAACUAAAGUUAGAAACUCCAGUAACGGCAGAAUCUUCAACAGAACUCACUGAAAAGCCGUCAGAACCAAUGAGAAAGACUGUAGGAGAUGCUGAAGUUAUUAACAUAGAAAGAACCAAACCUUCUGGAGAUCCAACACAAGAACCUGAAGCCUCUAGCGAAUCAGUCCUAGAGUUAAACCCUGGUAUGGGCAUGGCACAAGAGGCAGAACCAAGCAAAAGACCAGCAAAAGAAACAGAGUCAACUCUAAAAAUACAAACCACACAGAAAACAGCUGAAGCAAAAUCAACAGAACUGACGGCACAACCAGAACAUGUUCCAGAGCUUACAACAAAACCGUCACAAGAAAUAAGUACGGUCCUAAGUCCAGUUAAAGAAGCAGAAGUAAAGCAAAGAGAAGGAGAUCCAGAAAAAGAACCAGAACCAACCAAGAAACCGAAUGAAGAAAUAAAUACCACCGAAGAAGUAACACAAGAAACGGAACCAAACAUUAAACCAUCGCAAGAAACCAAAAUGGCUGAAAAAAGCAAAACCACUGCAAGAACAUAUGAAGCCAUAUCAUCAGAACCGACAGACCAACCAACAGAAGUUCUGGAACCCUCCAUAGAACCACCACAAGAAACAAAUCAAGUUAUAUAUCAGGAGAAAGAGGUUGUGUCAGAAAUUGAAGGUUUAGAAGCAGAACCAGGGCCUGUGUGGGAACCUCAUUCCACAGAGAAACCGGGCAAAGAACCUGAACAAAAUAAGGAAUCAACACAAGAAACACAACCAGCUGUUAAACCCACAGAACAAGCAACCAAAGACCAAAUACAUCAACCCUCAAGAGAUCCAGCAUUGUCAGCCGAUUCCUUCACUGAGACCACUAAAGAAGAACAACCAGCCAAAGAGUCUGGUCAGGAGGCAGAGACUGUUAAACAACAACCUGGAGCAUUUGAGGAACCAACACAAGCUACUUUGAGGUUAGAAAACAAUGGUCCAGAAGAGGAGCACAUUCCACAAUCAACACAUGAAACCAGUUUACCCAUUAAACCAGAUCAGCCAAUGGAACGCCCGGAACCAACUUCAGCAGAAGCUACAAGAGAACCAGGCCUCCUGACCGAGACCACUGGUGAAUCUCUGCACAAAGUAAAACUUGAAGAAGUAGUCAAAAAAACUCCAGAAACCACCUUGCAGUCUGUACUGGUACCAGAGGCCCAAAAUGUAUCAACUGAUACUACAGAUCAUACUGAAGAUUCAUUAAAAGAACCACAGCCCAUAAGAGAAUUUAUGCAGGAACCUAAAACCACAGAAGAACCAACUACAGUAUUAGAGCCUCCCAUAGGAUUAGGCUAUAAUGAAGAACCUAUCACAGAAUCGCCACCAAAACCGGAGUCAAGUAAAGAUCAAAAACCUCAAGAAGAACCUUCACCUGGAAUGCAAACCUCUAGAGAUCCAGUAAAAGAAUUCAAAGACAAAGAAACAAAAGUCGAUCCAACAGGAGAAGCAGAUCUUAUGGAGCAUCCUAAAAGGAAACUAGAACCCACAGGACAACCGGCUCCAGAGGAAGCUGUAGAAGGACCGGUAGAAACCAAACCGUAUUUGAGACCCGAUGAAGAUAAAGCUGGAGUUCGUCCAACAUUUUCAGAUAAAGUAGAAGAAACAUCAGCAGAGGAACAGUUCAAGCACACGGAGGAUAUAACCUCAGAGAUAUCGUAUAAAGUAACAGAGGAAAAAGAGGGAACAACAUCAAACAUUCCAGAGGAGGUGCUAGUACUGCCGUCUGCUGAAGGUUCUGAAGAGACUACAAAAGUUCUGCAAGUGUCUGAGUUGGACAGAACUGAUGUACCAUCUGGAUCCCCACAGGGUCCUAAAGUUGACAUUCAAACUGAGACCAACAAAGCAACAAUUUCACAUGUGGUUGAACCUGCCAUCAAAGUGACAGAACAUGUUCCUAAAGUUGAAGAUCCCAGUGAAACAUCUCAUGAAGUUAUGACCCAAGUUCUUCAAGGAACAACAUCAGACACAUGGUCUCUAAAGACUGUCUUCCCAAAAGAACUUCCCUUCGAGGAAAAGGUUCUACCAGCGGAGAACCGUACCCUGAUAGUUCUCCUACCAGCUAUCACUGGAGACAGAGAGGUUUUUUCAGAGGCCCAUCCUGGUUCUACUGGUGAAACAGAUGUGGAAGAGGUAGCUACACCCGGAUCAUCAACAAUAGGACCUGCAGAGAAGGCCCCUCUGGGGUUCACCAUGAAGUAUGCAGUAGAAACCAACAAUGGAAACUUCCUGGAUCUAGCAGGCCAACCCUAUGAAGAAGAAAACAACUUACUGAAUAAUAAUGGUUUCACAGGAGAACAUGAGGAGAACUUGAUGGGCAAUGAGAUAGUUGAGACACUGUUUCGACCCUCGCAGACUCUAAGGGACCAUAUGGUUGAGCUACGCAUCAAGCUAAAAGGAGAAACCUACAACAAUGCUCUGAGAGACCCAAGCAGCUUCGAGUACCAACAGCUGGCCAGACAGUUCACGCGAAAGGUUGAAGAUGCCUUUGGGGGGGUGCCAGGCUUCAAGAACGUGGCCAUUAUUGACUUCAGGCCUCAGAAGGACCUUGAGCGAGGUCUGGUGGUCCAGGUGCACUAUGCUGUUAUUUUGGAGGUGGAACUGGACAGUGACGGGAUCUCAAGCGACACGCGAGACUUCAUCACGCUGCAGAACAACCUGGUGGAGAGGAACUAUGUGGGAGCUGCGGAGCAGCCCACCGUCAUCUACACCAUCACAGAUUUCCGUAACUUCAUCACAGAGGCGCUGCACAAAGACAACUUCCUAACCAACAGCAGCUUGGACUUCCUGGGAAAUGCAGGGAACGUGGCGCCGGCUGAGAAACCUACCAGCAAACCAGCGGAUUCCUAUGAGAACAUGGAUAACAUCCUGGCUGCAGAGAAGCCUCCCGAUGCUCCCACCCAUGAGGCAGAGUCCAGUGAAGUUUUCCUGAAGAAGGAAGACUUCUUGUUGGACGCCUUGGACCAGUGGAAAGGUCCACAGCCUGCGCUGCUCAGUGAAAAUGACGUCUUCUUAUUGGAUGAAAGCACCACCCCUCCACAGACCGCCGGAGUCCAGGAGAAGACAGUCCACCUGGAGCCAGUGACUAAAUUCAGUGAGUCUGUAGAAGAUACUGGAAACAUUGAAGAUGAAGGAUUCCUCCUCACCACCCCCCCCCACGCUGCAGAUGACCAGCAGCUGGAAGACCAGACGGUUGCUCCAGAAGGUCCCCCUGCAGUCAGCAGGCCACCUUUAGCUGAAUCGCCCACAUUGGACCACGGCUCUGGGUCUGGAUUCUCAGGAGACGCUCAGGAUUCUUACCUCUGGGCUUUGGAGGCUUCAUUAGCGUCCGAUGUCACUUAUGAAAGAAGUCAUGAAGUUUUACCGCCACCAGACUUGGAACUGGAUCCAGACGAUGACUUACCUGCUGUGGAACCAGCAAACACGGAAGCUGCUGAUUUGUUUCUAACGCAGGAAACUGCUGUUUUAGCGGCGACCACCUCUGAAGAAUCUGCUUUGAAUAAACCCACAGAGAAACCUUCUCUGAAGGAAGCUGUGGUGACGCAGGGCUGGACCACAGCUCCGGUUCCUUUAGCCUUAACUCAGGAAACCAUGACAGCAGAGCUUUCUGGGCAAACAGUGGAAGCAUCUGGUCUCCAUGGGGAUUCCUCUCUGCUGGAGCCACAGACCUUCUCAGUAAUCAUCACUGCUUCUCCUGAACCUGCAGGUUCUACCAUCCAGCAUCCACAGUCCACUGCAAAGGUGGAGCAAACCCACAGAGAGUCAGAGACUUUGGUGGAUUUUAUGGUUGACCUGGAACCAACCCAGGUCACUCCAGACAUGAAGACUGAAGGUGAUUUAGCAGAGAGCCAAACUGCAGCUGCACCGUCUGUUGAAGAGCAAGUAGUAGCAGUCAGGGAAGUCACUCCUAAACCAGCAGAGCUGGAAGUCCUGGUUGAAGCAUCGGACCCAAAGGGGAUGGAGAUUUUAGGUGAGCAGAGUUUAGACUCUGCUCACCUAAAACCUGAAGUCCCUUCAACCCAAACCCUAGACCAGGACCUGGUUGUGGAUGAAGUCAUUGUCGUCACAGCAACCUCAGCAACCCUAAUCCCAAGUUCAGCUGCAGCCUCAAAGCCCAGCAGCGUAAUCUCACCUGAGAGGGAGUCUCCUUUCACUCGAGUGUCUGAUUCAGUACCAGAAGAUGAAGAUCUGUUUCCCCACCAGCUUCCAAACCAGGAGGAGGUCACUGAAGAGUCAACAUUAGUGGGUGUGCUUAUUAAAACAACAGCUGCAGCUGAUUCUGGGGGGGGGCCUUCAUCUCCAGACCUACACCCGGGAACAACCCUAGAAGACGUUCUGGCUGCUAAAGCAGAACCUACCUGGGAGGAAGCAGAGAAAACUGAACCUAUUGGAGAAUUAGUAAAACCUUUGGAUCAGGAAAUAGAAUCUUCUGGAGGGUUACAAGCUGAAACAGAACCUCUGACAGACAAAGCUGGACCUCUGGAGGAGGCUCACGCUCUAGAAGUUCACAUCAAACCGAAUGGAGCUGAAACCAAGAAAGAAUCCUCAGAAAUGAAAGCUGAAACAUUGAGAGAAAAAGCUGAAACUUCUAAUGGAGAAAAACGACCUCAGGAGGAUCUAGACUCUUUAAGACGGAGAGAAAACCAUGAAGAUGAAUCUAACCAAAGAGACGUUGAAGAGACGCCUUCGUCUGUGGAAGAGUCUACUCCAGGAACGGAAGGAGACACCUCUGGACCUAAAGAGGUGACGCUGGGAGCUGAGGUCAAACCCUCACCAGGAACCAUGGAAGGAUUUGGGAGCGAAGAAGAAGAAUCUUUAGGAGAACUUGGUCCUCCAGAAGUAAAAAUAUUGCCUUCAGAAAUAGAAUUGGGACAUUUUGGAGAAACAACUUCAGGAAGAAACACAGAACCUUCCAGAGGAGAUGUUGGACCUUCUGGAGGAGAAGUAGAGCCUGCGGAACAAGGAGAUGCAGCUCAGAAGGGGGAGAAAGUGGAGGAAUCUUCACAUAGAGGAACUGAUCCUCCAGUAGGGCUGGAAGAACCAUCUGAGGGAAAACCAGAACUUUCUAGGGAGACGGAACCUUCUGGAGAAGCAACAUCUUUACAGGAGGAAGAGGAAUAUUCUCGAGAGGCAGUAGAACCUUCCAGAGAAGAAGUAGGCGCCGUCCUUCCAUCUCAGCCCAAAAUCAAUGAGACUUCUUCUAUGGUGGACCUCCAGCCUUUCCAACACCUGCCCAGCAUUGAUGUCAGCAUCGAUGUGUUCCAGUACGGCACUGGGGAGGCGGAUGGGGAAAGCAGUGGCUUCUCCAGUGAAGCUCAUGGCUCAGACCUUCUACCUGCCAGACCCGGCAGAGCUCUGACAGUCUUCUUCAGCCUGAGGGUGACCAACAUGGCCUUCUCCAUGGACCUCUUCAACAAAAGCUCAUCUGAGUAUAAAACUCUAGAGCAACGGUUCCUUCAACUGCUUGUUCCAUACCUCCAGUCCAAUCUGAACAACUUCCAAAACCUGGAGAUCCUCAACUUCAGAAACGGCAGCAUUGUGGUAAACAGCAGGAUGCGUUUUGGUAAACCAGUUCCCCAAGAGGUGACCAACAUCAUCUACCUGAUCCUGGAGGACUUUGCUAACACAGCCUACCACACCAUGAACCUGGCCAUCGACAAGUACUCCCUGGAUGUUGAAUCCGGUGAGCGGGCCGAUCCCUGUAAGUUCCAGGCCUGUAACGAGUUCUCCAGGUGUAAGGUGAAUCAGUGGUCGGGGGAGGCGGAGUGCGUGUGUGACCCAGGCUACAUAAGCAUCGACGGCUUGCCGUGUCAGAGCAUCUGUGACGUCCAACAUGACUUCUGCCUCAAUGAUGGCAAAUGUGACAUCAUUUCUGGAAAGGGCGCCAUCUGCAGGUGUCGAGUUGGGGAGAACUGGUGGUACCGCGGGGAGCACUGUGAGGAGUAUGUCUCAGAGCCGUUGGUGGUGGGCAUCGCUAUCGCCUCGGUAGCUGGUUUCCUGUUGGUGGCUGGUGGGAUCAUCUUCUUCCUGGCCAGAACCCUCAGAGAACAGUAUGAUGGCGAAGACACAGAGGACCCGCUAAGACGGCAUGAGAGUCUUCCAACUUUGGAGCGAGCCACAAAGUUCAACCCAAUGUUUGAGAGCGACCCAGUUACCUCUCAGUACUACCGUCGCUAUGACGACGGCCUGCCCCAGUACCACCAGUGCCGUGACUCAACCCAGCCCCAGUACAGCUCUUCAGUCCUGAACAGAGAAGAAAUAGUCACCAUCAGCCAAAACCCAACCCUGUCUAAAGAGGAGAUCCAGGAGCGUCUCAGAAUAAUCGAGCUGUGCUCCAGAGAUCAACGCUUUGCAGAGUUUGUCAGGCAGACACAAGUAUUCCUGGAAAGGAGAGGAAGCUCUACGACGUAACCUGGCCUCCAGAAACCAACAUUACCUGCAGAAGAAACUAGUUUACGAUGAUGCUGCUGCCGUUGGCUGAGCUGGAGCUGAAGGCGACCAGAUGCUGACGGAUGUUGGAGUUUGUUUUUUAAGAACUAUUUGAUUAUUUGCGCUUGAAGUGAACUUUAACUUUCAAUUUAGUUUCAUGUUUUUUUUAUUAUGAAACGUUGAUUUCGAGGAAUAUUUGUGUUUCUAAUCUUUGAUCGUUCCUGAGUUCCUCCCUCUCAUAAGCUUAGCUUCAUCUUCAGCUUGAGUUUCAGUGUUUCUGGGUUUAUCCCGGCUUUCUGGUUUCCACUUUGCUGAUGAAACCCAGCAGUGUUUCUCCCCCUGGUGCCUUCACUGCUCUCUUAGAUCUUUUGGGAUAUUAUAUGAAAACCAAAAACCUGCUAUUUUAUUUCUUCUGCAAACUGUUCAUCAAUGUUUACAUUUCUCUAUCAGAGGAAGAUCUGAACUCUGACUCCAUAAAAGGAUGAGUGUAGUUUGUUUUUGUCUUUUCAGAGACUAUUGUCCCUUAGAACCAGUUGGCCCUAAAGUCUUUCUAUAGCUUCAUGAAUGUUUAGGUUUAUUCUGGAUCUGUAUCAUCUUGAUCCUCCAGAUCUGAUGGUUUAUCCAAGAAACGACUUUAACUGCUUCAGUGAGAGAAAAGCCUCUGAGUAAAAAUGUAUCUAACACCAUAACAAGCUUUUCUCAGACCUCUGCGGACAGUUUGACGGUAUUGGUUAGCUUCUGGAAAGUACCACCUGGUUCACAGAGGGCGUGUCCUCAGAGGGCUUGGUCACAGAUUUCCCAAAAAAGUUGGCGCACCCCGCAUGGCUCUCCUUCAAGGAUUUCUGAAUGUAACGUUUCGGUCGUUAUGACCUUCAUCAGACACACGAUUCGGACUGGAAAUUACGUUUUUCUGAAGAGGAAGUAUCUUGAUGUGAUUGAGUUAAAUGCAGAUGAUGAUUCCAGGAUGUUUUUCUACUUUCUCUACUUGUUGUGUUUUGUUCUGAAUGAACCUGCAGGUUUAGAUCCUUCCAUUCUCACCUGAUGGUUCAAUGUUUUUGUGCUGUUUAGAGAUUCCAGGUGUUACCUGCAUCCCUUCCUGAAUUAGUUGGGUGUUUUCUAAUGUUUAAAUAUUGAUGUUUCCGUGAUUUCAAUCCUGUUUUCAUGGCUCACCUCUGUGCAGACUUACUGUAGGCAUGGGAGGUGGACUUGUCAAACUUUUCUAAAAUAAAAUGCUGACUUUCUAUUACA